AUGCGAGAUUCAUUAGAUUUGGAUAUGAAACUGCAAGAACGUAGAGAACGUGGGUUGUCAGAAAAUAAACAAUAUCAGGAAUUACUCCUCGUUGAUGAGUUACGAAGACAAUCACCACUCGUUGCGGCAAUUUUAAAACAGGAUGAAGACAUUCUAAAGGAAAUAGUAAAGGUAAAAAGAUGGAUUCAUUUGAAGGAUAAUAAAGGAAGGAAUGCUCUUCACUACGCAGCAGCUAUAGGUUACCUCCAUGGUGUGGAGUGCUUGCUUCAAAAUUGUGAUUCCUGCGAUAUGGAAAAAGACAACGAUGGCCUUUUUCCUCUUCAUCUGGCUUCUGCAGGUGGACAUGUUAAAGUGAUAAAGAAAUUGCUAGAGAAGUGUUUAGAUCCCAGAGAAAUAGUUGAUAAAUAUGGUCGAAAUAUUGUUCACAUUGCAGCUCAAAUGGGACAGUAUAAUGUGAUAGACUACAUCUUGAAAGAUGCAAAUGGUGUUUUAGAUCUGAUAAACGACAAGGAUAAGGAUGGAAACACUCCCUUACAUUUGGCUGCCUCGCACUGCCAUCCAAAAAUUGUGCAAGCCUUGACAUGGGACAAAAGAGUGGCUCUGGAUUUGCUUAACAAAAUAAAUCAAUCAGCUCUUGAUGCUUUUGAGCAAUUUCAACAAGUAAAUCCGUCCUUCCCAGAGGCAUUAGCAUUUGCCGCAGGUUUUACUUUGCCUGGUGGAUCUAAUGGUUCUACUCCAGGCCAAGGCAUGGCUGUUAUGCUGCAUCACGCAUGGUUUAAACCAUUUAUUUUCUGCAUCACAACAUCUAUGUACGGUGGGAUUAGUGUUACAAUUAUACUCAUUUGGGCUCAAUUAGGAGAUUUGACUUUGGCUGUUUUUGCCCUUAAAGUGGCAAGGCCGCUUUUAGGAGUCUCUAUUGCAACCCUAUCAGUGGCAUUCAUGGCUGGUGUCCACCUUGUUAUAAGUGAUCUAAGUUGGCUGGCCACUACUAUUCUGAUUUUGUGUGUGAUCUCGGAUGCACUCUAUACUGAAGUAUCUGCGCUUUGUUUUAUUUUCUUCUUUAUUCUCUUUGAGAUGGAGACUUAA